AGGAUUAUUAAGGCGCAGGGAGGCUCUUACGUGCCGCCCAAUUUUCGGAGAGUUUCCAACACGAAAUCAAUUAGGCUUUCUGCCUAGGAUUUAAGCCAGCACUCACAGCGUGCAAUAUACCUUCGCUCUUCCAUUCACGCUACCCUUACGGCACCAAAUACGUGCCACUAACCUUUAUUGCGAUUUCUGUUGCCAACACAUCUAUCUAUCCAUUGUCUUCGUUAUACAGCUCAUCAUAACUGGCUGUGCGACUCACGCUGUCCAGUUAGGUGUUUUUCCACGUACAUCGCACGAAGACCGCGUUUAAUACUCUCUGUUACUGUUAUCCUUCUUAUUAAAGUACUCGGUUUCGCUCUUUCUUCUUAAAGAAACGCUAAUAAAAAUGGAAGCACGUUUGUCGGCAUCAACCCGGAACGGUUGGAACGAGGCACCUUUGCUUCUCGCCACAGAUGUCGCCGGCUCGCUGCACUGCUACGUCUAUGCAGCCGGUCGCUCCCCCGCGCUGCAUCAUCUGUGGACGCGCAGGCUCAAUGAAAUCGCAGAGGGUGAGUCCGCUGCAAGCGAAGGCGAGGAGGAGGACGAGGACGAGGACGAGGACGAAGGUAUUCAGCACUCGCAAAAGAAAUCCGCAUCAAUUGCGCGAAAACGAAGAGACGCGUCGGAUACGGGUGGCUUUCAGUGCGUUGUGUCUACGCGAUUGAGCCGACUGCAGUCACUCUCUUCCUCUCACGAGCUUCCCAAUGCUCCCGCUACUGGUCAUCCUUGGAGCCCCGCAAGAAGCCGUUCACGCAUGGAACAGCUCUCUUCCGCGUACAUGUCGAUGGACACCAACGUCUUUGACGAAGUCAGCACCUCCACAACCACUGCGAUCUCGUCGUCGUCGUUGCUGCGGCGAUCCGCGUCAGGCAGGCGUUUGGGCGGCAAUACACAGCAAAGCAGCCCGGUGAGGCCCGCAAAGACGACGUUUGACGCCUCCAAUAGCCGGAGAGUGCGCAACGUCGUUGAGAAAACUGCUGGCGUUUCAUCUGCCAAGACGCCGCCCGUCUCGUGUCCUUUCUGUGCCUCUGCCCAUCUCUCGCGUUGUCUGUCGACGGAAGAGAGUGGAAGUCUCCCAACGGUCGACGCCUCGCCGCCUGUCAAUCCAACCACCACAUGUGUAAAUGAAAACGCAAGAGGCUUCCAGUGCUCCGACUUUAUGGCCCGCGUGCCAGAUCCUUCCUUCUCGAGUGCAUGGAACGCCGCAGACGGACCCGUAGCGUCGUCGUCGAAGGAUGUGCACAGCAAAAUCGGUGCUCCACCCGCAAAGGAAUCUACUCAAGCAGCCACGCUGACGCCGGGCGGUGAAAUCAACUGGUACUGGCGGUGCUCUCACGGUGCGUUUCGUGACGCAACUGGCGCCGCGCAUCCCGAAGAAGAGGGUGAGGAAGGAGAAGAGCUGUCCGCCUACUCACCGCAUACGUGGAUGUCCCUUCCAGAAGCCGUGCACUGCUGGAACGGACGGUGCUGUCGUCGCCACCGCCUGCUGCUUCUGCGCAAGAUGGAAGAAACGUACCAGGAGCUCGACCUUUUCACAGGGGAGCUGCUGAGAGAGACCGGCUUGGCAUCCGACCUCUUUGCUACCGCAUCCCACACGUCCAUGAACAGCACCUCCACGAAGGAGAACGCUUCGUUGUCCGGCUGUGGCGCUGCUGACAGGUCAUUUUCCAGUACGCUAUCAUCGCAGGCACGCGGUGGCCCUGCGGCGGUCUUGUCCCUCACGACUCAACGAUUCCAAACUGUUGUGGUGCAAGUUCCUCUUUCUGCUCCUGUUCCAGCGAGUCACAAAGGAAUCAGAAAAGGAACGAAGGCCAACUCGGCAUUGGCACCGGGGCAAGCAGCGGCAGCUGCGACUCCGAUCUGCCUGCUGAAGUUGGCAGCACCCACGGUGCGCUUUGCGGCAACGUGGUACCCGCCUGAGUUGUCUGCCGCUGGCACGGACUCAUGUGUGCAACGCAGCGAAGACGAAGAUGAGGAGAGCGAGGAGUACGCCUCCACGGCCUCGCCAUCCACAGCAGUGCUGCAUCUUGCGUCGACACACGGCCGACGCGCAGGUAGCAGCAGCGGCAGCAGCAGCAGCAGCCACCACAGUAGCACGAGUGCGUCCGACAUUGACAUGGACGUUUUAUCGGGUCGCAAGCGGUUGCCUCCGCAGCAUCACUUUGCACGCGUCGUGCGCAGUGAUAGUGUGAACUCGGCGUCCGACGCAAAGCCGGCCCCACCAUCCACGAACACGAUAGGUGACGCAAUCGAGGCAGGCCCAGCAAACACGCACGGCGGGGGAGAAGCGGAGGUGGACGUUCCUGUGCGCUGCGGCCGUGGAGGCGAGAUUUACAUGGCAGCAGAUGUGCGGUGUGGACAGGAUACCUGCCCCGCCGACGAAAAGCCGACAGCCCCACCACUUCUUUUGCAGCUUCCUCUCCCGCUAGUGCAGGCAGUCUGGGUGUGUCCUGCCUCGUCUUCUUGCGUUCGGAGAGGCGCCACGAGCGGUGCGGAAGAGGCAGUCGAUGACAGUGACGGCACAUCGUCGCAGGAGGCAUCCGCCUCGAGGGCCGUCAGCACCCCACUUCCGGUGACCAUUCGCACCGUACCGUGGGUGACAGAGCACGCCUGUGCGCUGCGCACGGUGCAAGGUGUGAACGGUGCACGCUCUCCGGUGAGGCCGGGCUACUCCAAGGUGAACUCGGACCCCACAACGAAGACAUCCACCAUCGCUGCAGGGUCCACACUGCACGGCUUCCUCUUGCAAAUGGCGCGCACUGCGGGCGUGUCGACGCGGUCUUUUCCGACCACCGUCGGCUGCCCGCAAAUCCUACGGGAGCUGUCCGCGCUGGACGUGCUGCAUGGGCGAGAGGGCAACACCACAAAGCAUUCCCACCGCGGCCGUCGCCCCCUUUCCGCCGUUGACCGCAACUUCGUCGUGGGAGACGAUGCGGGGGAUGAAAUCACUUCGCAUCGCCACGUGUCGUCCAGCAACACCACCGAGACGUGCGUCCGCACCGAGGAAGAGCGACACGGACACCCGUACCCGAGAGCACACGUGCAACUCGCGGCGCGGAGAGGCGCACACAACAGCGGCGAGCAAAGUCGUUCCUCCGUCUCCUCGCUGACGGAUGACAUGAGCAUUACGCACCGCAUUGCACCGCUGCCGCCGCACUUCGUCCCUGCCUCAAGCUUCUUCGACGAGAACUUCGAGCCGCUCACGGUUCUCGGCCGCGGCGUCGGUGGGGCUGUGCUCCUGGCGCGUCACCGCGUCACGGGCGUCUUCUACGCGGUGAAGGUUUUGGUCGCCCGCGACUACGAGAGCGAGCGCGACAUCUUGCAGGAGGUGCGCGUCCACGCCAUGCUGGAAAACAAGUACGUUGUCCGCUACCACGCUUGCUGGUCGGAGGUGAUCACGGCAAUACGCGCCCAGCAGCUCGCCUUCAUCGGCGUCUGCCACCCAAACGAGGCGAAUCUGUCACGUCAUCCGCGUCUGCAGGCGGCGACGCCGACCUCCGCACGGCGUAGCGGCUCCUUCGGCCUCCCACCGCGGGCCCCGCACGCCACCUGGGCUUCAGAAGACGACCUGACUCGACGUGCCAGUGCGGCGCGGGUGCGCAGUGCCCCUGGUGGGUGGGACCGCCUCACCCUCCCCAACUACUCCAGUGUGUUGCUCAUUGGCAGCGAGUCGGCGAGUGAGUCCCCGUCGCCCGUGACGACGGUGCGACGGCCCAGAGCGAGGUUGCACAAGGCGCUGUGGAGCUCCGCCGCGGUGGACGAGUACGCAGAGGACGAGGAAGAUAGAGAGGACGAUGUCGUCAACGACCGCAGCCACCGUGCUAAUGAUGAUGACACGGCACGAGGACCUGAGAGCUCCGCGUCCCCAAAUACGCUGCGUCGCAGACAGGGGAGUUGGGAAGGGCAUCAUCAGCCGAAAACAGGUUCGGAGCCCGGUGAAGCUCUCCACGAUGCUUCCGCAAAGCACGGAACUGAUGUUUCACACGACAAGCGAUCGUCGCAUGAAACAUCAGGCAGCGCAGAUGACUUCGACAGGACCUCCUCGGCUUCGUCUCGUAGCGACGAGUCAAGCGACCCAGAGACCGGAAGUGGCGCGCAAAGCAGUCGUGGCGAGGACCACACCAUCAUCGGCUCUCGUGUAGUGUUUCUGCAGAUGGAGCUUUGCCAAGUGACGCUGGCGCAUCAUCUCUCCUCACGCCCCUUCAUCAAGCGGAUUGAGAACUUGAUCAUCCUGCUACAAACUGUCGCCGGCCUGCGGUACCUGCACAGUCGUGGUGUCCUUCACCGUGACCUGAAGCCGACAAACGUGUUUAUGGACUACCGGUGUCAGUACGACUCCGUCGUGCACAGCCCAAACUCGUCUAGCACGAGCAGCAGUUUAAGCUCCGAGGACGGGCGGCGAAAGAACAAGGGAUGGGCGAUGCCGUCCGUCAUCUCGCUGCAUCAAAGUGGGAGCGCAGUGAAUAUGUUGUCGCGUAAUUCAUCGCUGGGUGGUGAGUCCACAAACCACAACUCCAGCCCAUGCACAGCGCUGUCCAUCCACCGGCAGAGCACCUUCCCUUUCAAGCCGAACGGUGCCACUUAUGGCAAUGGAAAUGCGAGAAGUUUAGCCAACUUUUCCUCUGCGAUGGACCCCGUGGCGGCCGUCCGGCGUCACACAAAUCACUCUACCUCGGACAAUUUGCCUCCUUGGAGCGACGGGCGCAGUACGUUGGACGUUGUGAUGCGCCCGGCGCAUCAAGACGCCGCUGCUUUGCUGCAUGAACGUUUGGCGAGGCGGCCACCACCACGCUUGCCCCGCAAGCAGGAAGACGCAACACACACCGCGACGUCGCAAGCUGCACAUGCAGCAGCUACAGAGCAACGUUCUGCUGAUCACCUGUUGCAGUCCAACGAAGGGCGGACGUUCCUCCAGCACCUCGCCAGGUGGCUGUGUCAUCACUUUGUGCAGGUGCGCCUCGGCGACUUCGGCCUCGCGAAGUUUCUGCAUCAGCAGGACAUGCACGUUGACGGCUUCGUGUCGAUGAACGCGACGAACACCGUCGGCGUCGGCUCUCCUCUCUACGCCAGCCCGGAGCAGCUGAAGGGCAAUCGAUGCACCGCCGCCUCCGACGCCUUCUCCGUUGGCGUCAUGAUGGCAGAGAUGUACCUGCAGCCGACGACGAUUGCGGAGCGGCUGACGGUGCUGCGCGAGGUGCGCGAUGGCGCCUAUCACGACGCCGGGCUGAUGGCCCGCUACCCGGAGCUGAAGCUGGUGCGCCGCCUGACCCUUACCCUGCCGGAGGCCCGCAUCUCGUUGGCGGCCACGCAGACGGCGCUGAAGGCGCUGUUGUUGAAAGCACUGCAGGAAGAGGUCGAUCUCCACUAUGCAUAA